UUGGUUGAUUUGUCCCUGAAGCUGUGCCUAAAAAAUGGUCUUUAUCUGCUGCUUUUUCAGACUCAGAUGUUGGUAGUUGACAUUUUGAGUCUCGGAGAAUAGGACUGCUACCUGCAAUCUUGUCAGGAAGAAUGUCAUGUUAAUUUAUUUUGAAGAAAUGAGGCCUAGAUGAACUCCAGUCAACCAUGUCUUCAAGAAGAACAACAAAGAAGUGUCUCCAACUUCAACAACACAGGAUGCAACACAGAAUCCAAACACCGACCUAAAGAAUGGCCUACAACCAGCCGUCACCCACUGCGUCAAGAAAAUCUCCCCGGAGUCGUUCCCUUCACAACUCCACGUUUUUGUCGCAGUCCGGUUUGAAUGAUACCUUGCACAGCACCCAGAGUCUGAGCGGCCGUUCCUCGAUCAUGACGUACAAGAGUACGCAGUAUCCGUCGGCCUCUGCGGCACUGGCUGCUUACAUCAGUGACUUUGAGGGCGCUCAUCCGCUUAGCAAGACGUACCAUCGGACGGUGGAAGAUCUCUUGACUCCAAGGUCAGUUCUGCUGCGGACAGUUGAUCGGAGCUUGGACACCGGUGUGCGGGAUACCAGGGCAGAGUGGCGGCGAUAUGUCUCCAAGAAGCUGUUAGACGAAUCUUACAGUGAGAUGGUCCAAGCAGAUCUGGAAAGAGAAAAAGCACAAAGCCUGAUUGAGUCGACCCGCCACCUAACCUCUGACCUUUCACCUCUUCCUGGCAGCUCGGUCGUCACCGAGAUGGAGAGUGAAGUCAGCGUCUCAACUGAUGCCCUCCUUCUUGCCCCUCCUUAUCCUCCCAUCAGACAUCCCCCGCCUCCACGACCCAAGGACUUCAUCCCAAGAGAGAGUCUGACACUCAAAACGGAAGCUUUAAGAAGGAUUGAGAACCGUAGACUUGAGGAAAGGAGGAUGCAGAGUUCCAGACGACAAGGUUUGGCAGCAGGGAGGUCACAGGCUGAAGCUAGCUCCAGGUUGAAACCGGGUCAUGUUCCUCAGUUUCCCUCAGAUAUAUCACCUGUUAAGAAACUAGCUACGAGCUCUGUACCCUCUGUUGGCAGAAAAGGUCACCUUGUGAACAACUCGGGACGUAGUCCUAAAUUUGAAAAUCUGACAAAUUUGCAGACAAGGAGGAGUCCUUUCAAAGAUGGAUCUGGUGUGGGAGUGGCUCCAGGCUUACAAGAAGACCAGAAUUUGUCAGGAGGUAGUCCUGGAGACGAGAGAAACCCGCUUCGGAGACAAAAUCUCCACACAGAUGGUCGCAGACCUCCACCAAGUUGGAUUCAGGAUUUGGAGGGGUCAGGCAUAAGUGGCCUGAUCUCCGGGCCCCAUCCUGGUGGUAGGGCUCCUCCUAGUUGGAUCCAAGAGCUUGAUGCAUCUCAGUUGACAAGCCUUCCUUCUAGGGCCCAUGCUGGCGGCAGGGCUCCUCCAAGCUGGAUCCAAGACCUGGAAGCAUCUGGAAUCAGCAGCCGUGUCAAGUCCAAAACACAAGAUCAAAGAGACGGUGGCAGACCACCACCCAGCUGGAUUCAAGACCUCAACUCUACCUUCACAAGUGGGAUCCACGGCUCUAAUACUACCGCAAAGCAUCCUGAAUAUCUAGCAACUCACACACUAGGCCGUGGAAGGCUGUCAACUCAGAACAGAGACCCUCUUAGAAGAUCCAACUCUGCAAGUGAUCUCAUAACAAGUGCCGUCUUCCAUGAUGUUACAGCGACAAACCAACCACCUGGGCUGACGGUCAGAGAUUUUGACUACUCAGAACAUAUCUCAAGAAGUCUUGAAAAGGAGAGACUUCCAGAAGAUUCUAAGAGAGGUCCAACCUCAAGCAGAACUGUCAAAUUCUCAGAGAAUGCCAAACCAAAGAAGACGUACAGUUACACUACGGAUGAUCUGAUUUCAGCAUCCCCUACCGGUAAAGUUUUCCACUUGCCACAACGCACCUCUAGAGGGCAGUAUUCAGCAAACGCAUUCUCCAACAAGUAUUCGCACUCAAACUCGAGACAUCACACCUUAUACGACGACCGCUUAGCAUCUAAGAGAAGUCUUGGUGCAGCAAGAGAACUUUUCCAGCACGAAGCAAAUUCCGCUCGAGGAGAUGCAAUCGAUUUGUUGUCCAGCACACCGAAGCACAGUGUUGAUUUUGAUCCAAAUUUUGCCAGACGAUCAGUGAAUGGGCAUGCUAGCAAAGGAUUGACACCCCAUAGCGACGGUGGCUAUAGUGUGGACACGUUCGCUAGAAAGAUGGAACAAACAUUUGAUGACGUUGAUGGAGAGAGAGAAGAUGCCUUACUAGAGAGAGCUGAGAAAGUCCUGGAUGCAGCCAGGGCAUCUAGGGGCAAACCCAAUCCCUCCUUGACUCGUCACCAUUUUGAGGAAUCUGAUCGUCGGGAGGAUGCGGAUCGCCAUGACAACAGCUUACUCACGGAGGAGAUCUUGGAUGGGGAUCGGCCGUGGGAAAGGAACUUGCCAACGUACAAGCCUGUGAAUCCGGCACUAGACUCCAGCCAGGACAAGCCCCAUCAUCAGCAGGACAUCGUGACCCAGUUCCUCGAGGAUUGUCUGCGAUCGACCAGCGAGGUCAAACCAAAACUGACCGGCGGAUCCCAACCGGGCCCGGUAGAAGCCUUGAAGAAUAUGCUGUUCACGCUACAAGGGAUGGACCCCGACACACAGAGCAUUGCCAACGACGCUGCCCUGGUAUCGGAGAAAGAGGAACGACAGACUUCAUCAUCGACAGAAACCUCAACAUCAUCACUCUUAAGGUCAAAGAAUACGGUAGGACUGGCAAAUGCUAGGAAGCAGGUGACAGACAAAGACACGACCUCGUCGUCAGGGAGUGGGACCAACUUUGACGAAGCGCCAGGCGGAAAGUCUCUCCAGAGAGCUAUGGAGCACCUCUCUCGACUGAAGGUCCUAGUUAAUGGAGGAAGUUGUCACAAUUCGCAUCCAUCCUCCACCAACGCGCAGGUCAUGUCAAAGUGAAGACAUGAGGCCAAGGAGUUGCUAAGAAGGAGGCUAGCUGGGGGCUGAGUGGAAAAAAAGAAGUGUGUCCUGUUUAUAGUUCUAGACAAAUUUGCCGAAAUAACUUUUUCCCAAUUGUCAACUCAAGGCCUUAUUAGAACUUGCCUUUACGCAGAUGAAAUUUACUAAGGAUAUGAAGGAAAAAAAAUGUUUCCAUCUCUGAAGACUGCUGGUUUAUGCAGGGUUCUAGAAUUUAUUUUAAUACAGAAAAAUACAAUCUUGGAUAAUUUUUUAAUGAUGACAAUUAUACAAAUGAGGGUACUUACACACUAUAAGGAAUUGUCAAUACAUUUGUUCAUCGUACAUUUUUGUUAUUUUAUUACAUGAAAUAAACAUGCCACGAAUUUGCACUGCAAAAUCUUCAGAGCUAUAAGUUCACACCGUGAAAAUUGGUAUGUUGGAACAGGAUAAUUUGAAAUUGUGAGCUACAAGUGUCUAAGGCUUUGUUUCAGAAUUUGCUUAGAUUCACAACCAGAACAUUUACGUUCCUCUCUUAAAAACAUGAAUGGUGCUCAUUUGUUCCCUCUUCUAAAUUGAUUGCCAAUUUCUAAACAGAAAAUUGGAACUGAGGUGAAGUAUAUUGUAUUCAUGCCAAUUAAAUAAUCUAAAAUGUUAGUAUCAUUUGUAAAUACUAUUUCUGUGUUUUCUAAAGUGCCUUUAAAUUUGUGAGGUUGUUAAAAGCAUUUCUGUACUAUGUGUGUGCCCCAUAGCAAUUAAACUUUGAAUUUGAAAAAAAGGUCUUUCACUGAAAUAAAAGAAGAAUUGUAGAAUGUA